CAGCUUCCACUACCUGGUCAUUUUACUUAACUCUCACGCCAGGAAUCUGCGUUCUCCUUGCGGUGUGUGGUCUUCUUCCUUCCAUCCUAUGUUUGCCCUGUACCCUUCUGGGUGACAAGCAAAGUGAGCAUGAUGAUCUCAAUGAAGGAAGAGGGAUAUGGGGUGAAAUCCUCAUAUAAAUCUCUUGUUGAUCACUUGAAGAAAAAGCUCCAGAAUCCGAAACAGGAGUAUCCGUUAAUCCCUGAGCAGGACAUCUAUCAGUCAGAGCCUGAGGAUCUCGUUCACAAGUAUUAUGACAUGUAUGGCAUUACAUGUGGUGAUGAGGAGUGCUACUACUUCUGCCCUCUCCGCGGCAGUAGGUUGACUCAGGAAGGGUUCUGGCAUUCCACUGGUAAGGGAAGGAAGGCUCAGGAAACCGAUCAGACAAAAUGGUCUCAGAGGAAUCUGGUCUAUUACCGUGGUAGUCAGCAGAAUCGAGUCUCGACCGACUGGGCCAUGCAAGAAUACACUGUCGAAUCUGAUCCGAGCUUUAGCCUGUGUUACAUCCAUAAGAAGAGGCGAAACAAGAGAAGAAACAUGACCGACUCUGCUGUCCUGCAACCUGAUUACUCAGAUAAUGCCUGUAGACCACUUACAGGAUCUGAAAAUCAAAAUGAACCUGAAGAAAUAAUCCCAGAGGCAUCUGAGGAUAUGACUAUGGAGCAUCAAAGUGGGACUCGCUUGUCAGAUAUGAAUGCAUCAGGGUAUAGUUCACCUUCUCCUCAGGAGGGUGCGUUACCCACUCAACAGGGACUGUCGUAUCUUUCAGAUGAAGUAACUGAUUGUACGGAGUCACGGGUCUUGAGUGAUCCUCAAUUCCAUCAAAUGUACAUGGUGGAGCAAUCGCCAGAUGCCCAACAGCAUGGCAGUUGGCAAUACCCUCUGGAUAUAACUGCUGAAUUGUACAACAAUGGAUCGCUCAAUCUCCUAUCUCCUCCCCAAUGUCAAUAUCCGCAGCAUGUCUUUGCUCAACCACUCAAUUAUGGAUCACCCAAUUUCCUAUCUCCUCCUCAGUAUCAUCUUCAAGAUGUCUUUGCUCGAUCAUUCAAUGAUGAAUCAUCGAGUCUCCUAUAUCCUCUUCAGCAUGUCCCCCUAUACCCCCCCGAGUAUCAAAGUCCUCAGAAUGUCUUUACUCGGUUGAUGAAUCGCACACCACCUUACAUACUAUCUCCUCCUCUGUAUCAACUGAUGAUGCCUAUGGAGGAGAUAUUCCCUUCUAUUGAUCAUGGAUUUUCUAACAGCAGUGUUAGCACUACCCAAAUGGGUUAUUUUGGACAAGCUAGUGCUGAGAUGCGCUCUCUUUCCAUUGAUCAUGGAGCUCAAGAAAUAAAUUUUCGGGCAUCUGUCAAUACGAAAAUGGAGUCGCAAAACCUGCCUCUAUCUUCCAACAUCAAUGUACUGGAGUGUAACACUUCUCCUCCUCAGCAGACACAGAUUACUUCUGAGGGGAGAUCACCUACUGCUCAAGAUACAUAUUACGAUUCAUUACAAUUAGCGGAUCUUGAAGAUCCGCAAGACCCUCAGAUCCUCAUGAGGGAACGAUCCCCUUGUUCUGAGAAUACAUUCGUUGAUGGAUGCGACCAAGAAUAUGGUAACUGGUCCUAUCAUCCGGAUGUUUCUCCUGAAGAAGGUGGCAAUAAGUUUAUUUUUCCUCAAACUCCUAUUGAUCAAUCACUAAAUUAUGUCUUACCGGGAUGUGGAUCUUCUCCUCAGCUUCCGCAUAUGAUGCCUACGGAGGAGAUAUACCCCCUUAUUGGUAAUGCAUCUUUUAACGGUAGAUGUAGUAGUAAGACAAAUUCUCAAUUGGAUAUUCAUGGACAAGGUGCUGAGUUGCCUGUCGUUUCCAUGAAUUGUGCAUGUCAAGAAUCAAAUUUCAAGCUGCAGAUGCCGCAGGAGUUGUUAUCAGUGUACAACGUGCACCCUUCAUCAGAUAGUUCUGGAGGAGGGGGUCCAAGUGCACUUUAUUUUGGUCAAAGCUGUGAUUCUCAGCAAACAAAUCUAGAGGAGACUGGAGAGUUUGCUAUUGAGUCACCACUGUCAACUCAGUAUUCAGAUCUUGAUUCAAUGUUAGCUGUCUUUUCCGCUUCUUCUCCACCACCAGAGGUAGUAGUGGGAAAGAGUUUAUGUUGCCAAGUCAGUACAGUUACUGGAGGAUAUAGCACAGAGUACUGUGGGGUGCCACAUGCUCCAGGAGGUACUUACAAUACAGGCAAUCAUAAUAUGUCUGCUGGGUGUUGAAAAUUAUGAAGCCCUUGGAAUUCUGCAAGAGGGCAUCUCUUCAAGCUACCCCGUAUCAAAAUCUUCUGACGCAAUCUUCAAGUUUUGGCCUCUUAAGGCCACCUCUUCAAUCCUUUAGUAUCAAAAUCCCCAACUCAGUUGUCUAGUUUAUGUCAUACAAAUGUCGUACUCAUCGACUCAUGGGAUAGCGAAUCGAAAUUCAGUACUAUCCUAAAUGGUACACAAACCUUGAUUCUUAUAUCGGGUGAUCCAUCAUGAGGUCAGAUGGAGGACAGUUAACAAAAGUAUGUGAAAGACUCCUCUAUCCACAACCUUACUGGAGGUUCAGUAGAGGAGAGAGUAUAUUGGAAAGUAGACUCCAGGUGUUGUGAAUCAAGUGCUCCGAUCAUUGCGGUUUAGAUUGGUCACUUGAUUAUAGUGUUCAGAUGCCUCGAAUGUCUUCUACUUCCUACCAUGGAACAUUCAGAUGUAACUAUGGAUUUAGGUUGCAUUGUAACUAGUUAUGGAGCCGUCUUGCCAGCAGUAAAUAUUAUAGAAGCUUUGUAUUUUAUGUGAACGAAUUAUGGUUGCAGAUGUAAGUUAUGAACAGUGGGUUGUUAAAAUUUCAUACCAAAAAAUUAUAGAGCUUGACUUUGUUUAUGCA